AAACUCAACCACUCGAGGGAAGCGUAGAAGAAGAGUAGCCCGAGCGAAAGCUAGCAUGUCCGUGCAUCAGACGGAAAAUAGAAAUGAGGUGGGCUUACAUGCAUGGAAGUUUGUGAGAAAGGGACUAAUAUUUCUCUGUUUAACGACAUGUAGCGUGAUGUAAUGCUGGCAGCCAUUCUGUACUUUUUUCACCGCACCACUAAAAAAGAAAAAAACAAAAAACAAAAGACAGAGAUGUUACGACUUCUCCCGUACCUCAGCCGUAUGUACACUGUGCCCAGCCGGGUCAUCUGGAGGGAUUCUCCCAGUCUCUCUUCAUUGCUGAGGACGCUCCCACCUGGGCUGCCAUAUGUUUUGGCGCUGGGUAAAAAGGACCUGAGAGACCUUCCCGUCCUGAAUGAGGACGAUCUUGAGGAGCAAUACGUGAGAGGAUCUGGACCCGGAGGACAAGCCACCAACAAAACCAGCAAUUGUGUAGUUCUCAAGCACAUCCCCAGUGGGAUUGUCGUGAAGUGUCAUCAAACCAGAUCUGUGGAGAUAAAUCGAAAGCGUGCUCGGGACAUUAUGAGAGAGAAACUUGAUGUUUUUCAUAAAGGAGAAUACAGUGAAGUUCUCCUAAGGAAGAAAGAGUCUGAGCUGAAGAAACAAGAGAAGAGGAGGAAGGCAAAUUAUAAUCUGGAGAGAAAAAGACUGUUUAAAGAAGCACUGGCUGCUGACUCCAAACCUGGAAACGACACCGUUUAAAAUGUUUGCGUGGAAUAUAGAGUGAAGACAUAAAUACUAGAGUGCUCCUGCAUUUGAUACCUGCAAAGUCUAAAUAAGAAAGGUAUUGUCAACAGUAUCAAAUCCAGUUAGCCCUUUACUUCUAUAGCUUCUAUAGCUGAUUCUAUUCAUUCUAUAGCAUCUUUCAUACAAAGUCACAACACCCGGGAGCAUCAGGAGGGAGGUUUUGAAAAUAAAUAAUCAAAAUGUUGGUGAUGUGUGGUGAAUAUUUCAGUGUUCUCCAAAAUAAUAGGAAUAAUGAUGAUAUUAAUUGAAAAGGGUAUAUGCUUUAGGUUAAAGCUGCACUAUGCAACUUUUUCUUUGUAAUUUCAUUUUAAACAUAUUUCUUUGAUUUCAGCAUGUGGUGACAUAAUUUCCCACUACUCAUUUUCUGCAAGUUGUUAGAGGAGUUGUUCAGUUUUUGUCUCGGUUUCAAUUCUGAUUGCACUGAAAUACUAGAGCAUUUCCUGCUGGCUCAUUUGAUGGUGAAAAUAGAGAAAACGACGCCUUGCUUUCCAUGUCAAACACAAUUGAAAUAAUAAUAAUUAAUAUAGCUGUUUUCAUUUAAUUUAAUUCAAAUAAUUUAAUUGAAUUCAGAUAAUCCACCGAGUUCAAGAUCUCUUUAUGGAAAUGAAGGUCUGCAGUACAGCAGAGUUUUGGUGCGUCUGCCUCAGAGGCCGAUGCGUAACAACCAGAGCUGCGGCCAAUGAGUGAGCUAUUUUCAUGCUCGUGCUCUUCCCACGUGAAUGAGACAGCCAAUGAGAGGAGCAGUACGUUUUUUAAAUCCACCACGCUUGUACAGUGGUCUGUCUGUGUCGUUGUACAGCCAAAUAAACACGCUGACACAGAGGGCAAAUUUAAUAGCCUUCCAGUCCUAUUUGGAUUUUAUUCUGGGAAUUGACAUGGCAAAAGG